UGUCAUAUUCAUCAUUCCCUAUUUGUCAGGCAAUCCUGAUAGGUGGUAUGGAAGACAUGAUAUAUUUAUUGCUUACCAAACACGAAAGUUUUAACUUUACAUAAAUUUUUUAUAUAUUUGUAUACAUUAAUAUUUAAAAAAUAAUGAAACAUAAAAAAUAUAAAAGCAAAUCUAAAUAUGAGAGAAAAAAAUUAAAAAAAAAAGAAAAAAGAAGGCAUAAAAAGAAAUCUAAAGAAUCUGAUUCUAAUAGUAGCGAAGAAGAACAGGAAUGGAUAGAAAAACCAAUAUGUGAAAGAACAUUCAAAGAACAAAAUAUAUUUAUUACAUCAAAAAAAGAAGAAUUUUCUAAAAGAGAGGAUUGGAUGAACAUAAAAAGUAUACUUCCAUGUGUAUUUAACGAGAAAAAGAAAGAAUUUUCUAAUUCUGAUAAAAAUAUUGAUAAAUCUGAUAUGAAUAAGUUAAAUCAAAAUAAGAAAGAAUUAAAUCCAUAUUGGAAAAAUGGAGGUAAUGGUCUUCCUGAAAAAAAUUCAACAAAUGCACAACCAAAAAUAGAUAUAAAUUGGUUAAAAAAAGGUCUUCAACGAGCAAAAGAACAAGCAGAAAGUCAAAAUAAGAAUUUAAAAGACAUUGUAGCAGAAAGAUGGGGUUCUUUAGAAAUGAUAGAAUCAAUGAUAUCUGAAUCAAAAGAAUCGCCAAUAAAAAAUAGAUCUAAAUUUGAAAAUCAAUAUAAUAAUGAAAAAUGUGAAAAUAGACAAUUUUCAAAUUACAUACAAAAUUCAAACAAAAAUAAUCAAUAUAAAAAUGAUAAUAUAAAUGAUGAUUAUUUUAAUAAUAGUUCAAACAAAAUAAACAAUUUUGUUGAAAGAAAUUUAAAAUCUAAAAUAUCAAAUAAUGAUGAAAAAGAAUUUAAUUCAAAUAAUUUUAUAUUAAAGAAUGCUUAUAAUGAUGAUGUAAAUAUAGAAACAAAACCUUUGACAGAAGCAGAAAUGAAUAAGCUAGGGGCAAAAAUUGUUAAAGCUGAAAUAAUGGGUAAUAUUAAACUUGCUGAUGAAUUAAAAAUGCAAUUACAAAAAGCGAGAGAAAUUAUACAAAAUACACAAAUAUGUAAUAUAGAAAAAAUUCCAGAUAUAAUUCUAACACAAACUGAUGCAAAAGGUAUUACAAGACCAUUAGAACCCAGAAUUCAAUCUAUAGAAUCUUUGCAAAAUAUGAAACGAAAAAAUGCAGAGACACAUGUUUUCGGAAAGAAAGUGAGACAUUAUUUUGAUGAUGACAAAUAUUCACUACAAAAAUUAUUCCAGAAAGAAAAAGGAAGAUCUACAAAUGAAGAUGAUGCAACAUUUAUGAAAGCUGCUUGUAAGGGUUUAGAUAUGGAUGAGAUAUUUGAAGAACAUAUUACAUAUAUUAAGACAGAUAAAAAACAGAAUGAAAAAGAUCGUUUAAUUGCUAUUAAGGAACAUGAACAUUUAUCAAAAAGUUUAGAUAAUUGUUAUUGGUGUAUUGAUUCAAAAUAUAUGUUGAAACAUAUGAUUAUUGCAAUGGAUUCUGAAAUUUGUUUAAGUCUUCCUCAAUAUACUUCUUUGACUAUUGGACAUUGUAUAAUAACACCUUUACAACAUAUUGCUUGCCAAUUACAAUUAGAUGAAAAUAUUUGGGAAAAAUUAAAGUUAUUUAAAAGAGCUUUAUAUAAGAUGUUUAUGGAUCAAAAUCAAUAUCCAGUAUUUUAUGAAAUAUAUAAAAGUUCUUACAAAUUUUCACAUAUGCGAUUGGAAUGUGUUCCAAUACCAAAAGAAAUUGGUGAAUUAGCACCAAUAUAUUUUAAAAAAGCCUUAUUAGAAUGUGAAACAGAAUGGUCAAUGAAUAAAAAAAUAAUCAAUCUUGAACAUAAAGAUAUACGUCAAGCUAUUCCAAAUGGUCUAUCAUAUUUUAUGGUAGAAUUUGAAACAAAUAAAGGAUAUGCUCAUGUUAUUGAAGAUGAGCACAUGUUUUCAAAGAAUUUUGCAGAGGAAAUUAUAGGCGGAAUGUUAGAUUUAAAACAUAAUAUAUGGCGGAAACCAAAAAAAGAAAAUGUUGAUCAGCAACAUGAAAAAGUAUUAAAAUUUUCAAAAAUAUGGAAAAAAUAUGAAUAUGAAAUAAAAAAUUAUAAUUAAUUA